AUGGGGCCACGCUCAAGGCUGCACUGCACUGCACCGCACCCCCCUCGCCCCCCGACCCACGCCUAUGCCCAUGAGCAUGCCCGACCGGCCUACCAGCGGGCAGCGGGCAGCGUGCAACGGCCUACCAGCACUCCCGACCAGCAGCGCACACAGCGGACAGCGAACGGCGGCCACGGCGGGCGGUCAAUUGCAACUGGCCAGUUUGCGUCUGACAUCACACGCUGCGACUGCGACGGGGCUAGUGCCAACGGCCGUGGCCACCGUGGGCAGGCAAUGAAACGCCCUUCUCCUUUUCCCACCGCGCCCUGCCCACGACGCCGACCCACGACGCCUUCCGAGGCCGCCGUUCGGUGUAUAUGCAGCGCUCCCUCAGAGAGUGCCGUUUUUACCAAACCUUGA